CCCCAGUAUCCUAAAUUCCAACCCCCUAUCUAGCAGUUGCAUCACGGACUGAAACAAGGAUGCAUGCUUUAAGCUGACUACAAUACUGGUUGUGUGCUUCCAGCCGUUAAGCUAAUCGUGGUACAUUUCGACCAUGAAAGCCACGAGAAAGUCCGUGGCUUCAGCUGCGCGACGUUUACGGCUGCGCACAUCUUGCAGCCCGAGCUCAAAUUCGCGCUUUCUUUCUCCUCCAGUGUCCUUGACCGGCAUAAUUCGAGGUCGGCCUUCAUCUGAGCGAGUAUCAAUAGGUCCUCCAUUCACAUCGCGCUUCUCUACAUGUCACUGUCCAUGGCUACAACAACGAAUCCAAAGAGACUCAGACUCUUUCCUCGGCGACAGCGCUCUCGAGGCAUCGGAUCCUCAACUGACGGCCAGGGAUAGCAAACUCACGUGUGCCUACUUUGACAAAAACGGCUCACUCGUGUCCGAGCACAAAGAGCUCACCAAAUCAAAGAUAGCCGAACAAUUCGAGCUCCGACAUCGAGAUCUACGCGACAUCGACCUGCGAUCGGAAUCCGUAACCCGCAUUCUGAUCCGGCCGGCCACCAUUCUUCUCCAGUUCUUCGAUCUAUGCAUGAUCAUCCAGGCCGAUGAAGCUCUCCUCAUCAACCUCCGCAGCUCCGCUGAUGAGCGCAACGACGACUUUGCGCGGCGCAUGUCGGCCAAAGAGCCUGCCGAUCUUCCCGAACUGCCGUACGAGCUGCGCGCCGUCGAAGCAGCCCUUAUGGCGGUCCUGUCAGCCCUUCGCGAAGACCUUGUCCAGGCAAAACAGGAUGCCGAGCACAGCGCCCGACACUUGAGACUCGAGUCCGGUUUCGCCGCCGUCGGGCUCGACCUCUUGUUCGAGCACUCUCGAAAACUCGCCAAGAUCGAGCAGAAAGCCCGUCUGGUGCGUGACACCAUCCGCGAAGUCCUCGACACCGACGAAGACUUGGCAGGCAUGUACCUCUCCGACAGAAAGGCAGGGAAGCCUCACCAGGUGACGGACCACCAGGAGGCCGAGUACAUGCUCGAAGCGUACCAUACUGCCGCCGAUGCCUUGGUUGAGUCUGCCGGCGGCGCCAUCGACGUCAUGCGCAAGAAGGAGAAUACCUUUCGGUCGAGCCUUGAUGUGCAACGGAAUCAGAUCAUGUUCCUGAACGCAAAGAUCGGCAUACACACGCUCGGCCUGGCUGGGGGCACUCUCAUCGCCGGUUUGUUCGGCAUGAACUUGGUCAAUUACCUAGAGGAAGCACCGUACGGGUUUUUCGUCAUCACCGGUGCGUGUGUGGUGAUAAGCUCGCUGUUUUCAAUAUACGGCAUGAGAAACAUUCGGCGAAUCCAAAGUCUGAAGGACAUUAAGGGACAGAUGGCUCCGAGAAGGCAGCCCAGAACUUGAGCAGAUACAUUAAAAAUUCCCAAAAUCAGCCCGGCUCUAUGUGCCAUUCCUAAAGAGGUGUACGCCAGGACCCGUGGCCAACGAAACAGAUGUCCUUUGUACUAUCUUUCACACCGGCAAAGCUCCAUGGUCAUCAGGAAUAGCGACUCGAAGCUUUCGCCAGACUCGCAACGUCCGGGGCAACGGCCCGACUCGACUCACUCGAGACCACCUGCAAGGCCAAGUCUAGCUUGUGCCACUGAUUCAGCACAUCCUGUCGCUCCUCCUCGGUCGAUGCUUUCACCUCUUCAUAGCCCUGCGCAAAGUGCACGGCGAGGAUGAAACUCAACGUGUCAUCACCGAACUGCUUCUUCAGCGAGUCAUAUAUCGCCCGCACUCCGUACGUCUUGCCGCUGAUCGUAAUACCCCUCUGACGGACGAGGAAGUGACCAAUACCCUUGCCCAAUCCUUUGCCAAAGCCUUUCCAGCCGCCUUUCCGAGCACCCUUGUACGGCUCGUACACAAUGCCACCCCACGCUUUUGCGAUAUUGAGCGGGAUGUGCAGAAUUGCAGAAGCGUAAGAGCCCGCGGUACUCAAG